GUGAACAUUCAUUGAUUGCUGCUAAUUGCUGAUGGGAAAGAACCUCAUGAGGAUUAAAGAAUAGGAAUCUCUUGUACAUUUUUUAUUAUUUGAGAUUUGACACGUCUCACUCCUCACACUGGAUCCUUCACAUCCCUUUCCCGUUACACCAUCAUCAUCAUCAUUUGAAUAUUAAAACAGAAAAGAAGAUCACUGUUUGGUCCCCCAGAAAAUUUAUAUAAGCCUCCAAGAUUUAUCACUGUGUGUGUGUGUGUGUGUGGGAAGGAAGGAAUCAUCUCAGAUCUUCCAAAUAUUGCUCCCGCCCCAGCUUCAUAUGAUCGGUAAGAGAUUUUUCCUCGUUUGAUUUUUUCCUUUCAACUGUUGGUGAUUUUUUUCUAUCUUGGUACUUUCAAAGUUUAGUUUUUUUAUCCCACUUUUGUGCCCCAAGUUAAAUUCCUUAUUUAGCAACUUUUGGUGGGUCGUCUUCAUUAAUUAUAACCCCGAAACGCGUUUUCCAGUGUUCGUGUGUGAUCUUGCAUUGCAUUUACGUGAAGCUAGAUCCCACAUCAUUAACACCUUGUACCGGUUUAGUUAAUCAUUAUUCUCUUUCAUUCAUGUUUCGUCCUUUUGUCUUGUCUUUGUCUUCUAUUAACAUAGUACUACACAAAAUGCAUAAGCAUUUUCCCAGUGGAAACAUUUAUUACAAAUGGAGCUUAAACUCUGAUUCUAUUCAACAGAUCUGAAGCUUGCUUUGACAUUUUUCUUGAACCGUUCUAAAUGGCAAAACCAAGUGCAGCUGAUAAUAGGACUAGAAGUUCUGUGCAGGUCUUUAUAGUAGUUGGUCUGUGCUGUUUCUUCUAUAUAUUGGGUGCGUGGCAGAGAAGCGGUUUCGGAAAGGGAGAUAGCAUAGCAUUGGAGAUCACCAAGAAAGGCGAAGAGUGUGACACAGUUCCAAAUUUAAGUUUUGACUCUCACCAUGCUGGUGAGGUUAGCAGGAUCGAUGAGGUCGAUUCAGAAGCUAAGAAAUUUGAGCCGUGUGCUGCUAGAUACACGGAUUACACUCCGUGCCAAGAUCAGCAGCGUGCAAUGACAUUUCCAAGAGAAAACAUGAACUAUCGAGAGAGGCACUGUCCCCCUGAGGGAGAGAAGCUACACUGUAUGAUUCCAGCACCCAAGGGGUAUGUCACUCCAUUUCCAUGGCCAAAGAGCCGUGACUACGUUCCUUAUGCAAAUGCACCGUAUAAGAGCCUUACAGUUGAGAAGGCUAUUCAGAACUGGAUCCAGUAUGAAGGAUCAGUGUUUAGGUUCCCCGGUGGUGGCACCCAAUUUCCUCAAGGUGCAGAUAAAUAUAUCGACCAACUUGCUUCCGUGAUCCCUAUAAAUGAUGGGACAGUUAGGACAGCUCUCGACACUGGUUGUGGGGUUGCUAGUUGGGGUGCUUAUCUUUGGAGCAGAAAUGUUAUUGCAAUGUCAUUUGCGCCAAGGGACUCUCAUGAAGCACAAGUACAGUUUGCUCUUGAAAGAGGUGUACCUGCUGUCAUUGGUGUUCUUGGAACCAUAAAAACGCCUUAUCCUUCUGCGGCCUUCGACAUGGCUCAUUGUUCUCGUUGCUUAAUUCCUUGGGGAGCAAAUGAUGGAAUUUAUAUGAUUGAAGUAGACCGAGUUCUAAGACCUGGUGGUUAUUGGGUACUUUCAGGACCUCCCAUCAACUGGAAGGCAAAUUAUAGAAACUGGCAGAGACCUAAGGAGGAACUCGAGGAAGAACAAAGAAAGAUUGAAGACGUUGCUAAGCUCCUUUGCUGGGAGAAGAAGUCAGAGGAGGCUGAAAUUGCCAUUUGGCAAAAAACUAUGGACACUGAAUCAUGCCGUAGCAGACAAGAAGAAUCUGGCGUGAACUUUUGUGAAACAACCGAUGUUAAUGAUGUCUGGUAUAAGAAAAUGGAGGCCUGUGUUACCCGCACACCUAAAGUUUCUGGUGAACUCAAGCCAUUUCCGGAGAGGCUAUUUGCAACCCCUCCUAGAAUUGCUAAUGGUGCAGUUCCUGGAGUUAGUGUUGAGACAUUCGUGGAGGAUAACAAUAAGUGGAAAAGGCAUGUAAAUGCUUAUAAGAAAAUUAAUAGCCUCCUGGAUACUGGAAGGUAUCGCAACAUUAUGGACAUGAAUGCUGGUUUAGGCAGUUUUGCCGCAGCUAUUCAAUCUCCCAAGUUAUGGGUCAUGAAUGUUGUGCCUACUAUUGCUGAGAAAAGUACACUGGGUGUCAUAUAUGAACGAGGACUUAUUGGCAUCUAUCAUGAUUGGUGUGAAGCCUUCUCCACAUAUCCAAGGACCUACGAUCUCAUUCAUAGCGAUGGUCUUUUUAGUCUGUACAAGGACAACUGUAACAUAGAAGACAUUCUUCUCGAGAUGGACCGGAUUUUGCGGCCAGAAGGAGCAGUCAUCAUCCGUGACGAAGUUGACAUCUUAAUUAAGGUCAAGAAAAUCGUCGGAGGAAUGAGAUGGAACACCAAAAUGGUUGACCAUGAGGAUGGUCCACUUGUUCCCGAAAAGGUAUUGAUUGCCGUCAAGCAGUAUUGGGUUGUCGGGUCAAAUUCCACUUCAUCCUAAUAAAGCACCCGGUGCAAGUUGAAAGGUCAUUAAUGGCUUUUAGCCCCUUGGGGUUCAACUAGAUCCUAACAGAGUUCAUUUGGGUUUUGAUAUGAGCAUUUUUGGCUUGCAUGAUCAACCACAAAAUUUGGCACAAAUUAGGGCCAUUACAAGAGUUAUGCUGAAUUGCUGAUUGCAAUUUGCAAUAGGUUUCGUAUCUAGUUAAUUUAUCAUUUAUUAAUGAACAAAUUUGGGAAGCUACUAUGCUCAGGGUUUAAGAUAUUAGCCGUUUUUUUUUUCAUCAAUCAAGUAUCCUGUUACACGAUAUUACAUUCAAAAAUCAAGGAAAUAUUGGUCUCUUCUCUUUUUUCUUUGGUCCCAAUAGUUUUAUAUUUACUGAAUUACAAAAGUUUGAGCUGCUUCGCCUAAAUUUUGUAACAAAGAAUAGUAGUGUAUGGUACAAUCUUUGUAGCUGUAACUUCAUUUGCAAGUUACACUCAAAUAUGAAUUUUGAAGUGCUUCCUGAUUAUUCACC